AAACGACCAAGUGGCAGCUUUUGCCUUUUCACUUCCUCGUUCCUCUCCCCCCAAAAGAUCAAGAGAAAGCACAAACAUCAAUCAAACCUAAGCAGAGCUCAACAGCUCAACACAAUAGGUUUUCAAUAUGAUUGUCCUUGAGGACCGCCGAAGACUGCUCUUGACGUUGUCGCUUGGUUUACUGCAGUUACUACUACUGUCCACACAACAAGCCGUUGGUUUUGUGCCGCUUCCCACUACCAUUCCUUGUUCCGCCAACUCAAGGUCACCCGUCGGUUCUACACGUGUUUCUACUGGUAGUAGUCUCGCUGCUGUCUCGGAGGACAAGCAGCAGCAACAAGGUCCACUGGAGAAUAUGCAAGUGGCUAUUGCCGGUGCCGGUCCUACGGGUCUGUUGUUGGCCCAUUUGCUGCUCCAAAAAGGCGCUCGAGUAGCCCUGUACGAAAGUCGAGCCGAUCCGCGGCGUAUUGCUGCUAGUACUAGUAGUUCGAAAUCCGGAUUUGCAUAUGCUUUGGGAUUGGGCAUUCGAGGACGAUCGGCCAUUCGAGCCGUGGAUGAAUCACUCUGGCAAGCUGUACGGCAAAAGGGAAAUGAAUGCGAUCGAUUCCGAUUGCACAUUGGACCCUUUCGUGUCCAAUUGAGAGCUGGUAAUACCAACAAGAAACGAACAUUCUUUCGUCGACGACGCAACAACAAUAAUCCAAAACAGCAACCAGAACCUUCGCUGUUGCUCUUUCAAACCGAUUUGUGUGGUUCCCUAUUGGAGGAAUUGGAACAACGGUACUCUUCCUCUUCACAACUCCAAAUGUUCUUUUCGUCUCGCAUCCUCGAAUGCGAUUUGGCCAAACAACGCAUCACCAUUGAUCGAAACAAAAAUGUCACCAUUGUCCAAGCCUACGAUUUACUCGUGGGAUGUGAUGGAGUCAAUUCCAUUGUACGAUCGGCCAUGAAAAAAGCUACUGACACUGCGUUUACGGCCGACAAACAAACCUUGCCGGGAGAAUUCAAAGUGGCUCGACUCGAAUCCAUUCCACCCAAAUUGGAUCCCACAUCGGUGGCACUUCUCAUUCCCAAAACUGGAACCACCACGGCAUUUUUAGAACCCACCAUCGAGGGAUCCUGUUGCAUCUUGUUUGCCGGACGCGAAGGCGAUGCCAUUUUGAGCAGUCCAACUAUCAGUACGAGCACUGAACAAACCAGUAGUAACAACAAGACACGGGCAUUGGCCGAAACCAUUGCGGCGAGUUUUCCACUGCUGGAGGGUGCCGAUUUGGACCAUGUCGCCGAUCAAUUGCUCGCCCAAAAACCGGGAUCUGCUUCGUCCGUCACCUGCAACACGUAUCAUUACCGGUCGUCUGUGGCAUUGGCGGGGGAUGCCGCUCAUGCCACGGGAGGAGUGAGCGGACAGGGCGUCAACAGUGCGCUCUUGGAUGCCGUGGCUCUCCGUGAUUGUCUCUUGGAGUACUACACUACUAGUAGUAGUCAAAAUCGAAAUGACCAGGCACUCCAAUCAGCGCUCGAAGCGUAUUCCAAACGACAAGUCCCAGAAGGCAAGGCACUCUACGAUUUGUCGUUUGGACCCAAACCGAGAGGAUUGAAAAAACUUCUUUUCCUCGCCAAAGGAUUCCGAGAUACAGUCUUUCAGGGACGGUGGGGGAUUGGAAAACCACCACUGCAAACCUUACUCACCACGUCCAUGGAACCAUUCUCCAGUAUUCGAAGAAGGAUGGAUUAUUACUACGACACUCCGUUUCCGGAUGAUGACUACUUUGACAGUGCCAUCUCCUCGGUAUAUGAUGAUGCCAGCAAUACUAAUAGUAACAAUGAAGCCGAGAAGACCAAUGCGACAGAGCGGCCACCUCAAGUCAGACAGUGAAUGAAAGAAAACAAACAAACACGAUUCCGACCAUGCGUGCAAGCAGCACAAUCCUACACAACAGGAACCAUCGAAUAGAAUGAUCAAUACAAGAACUAAGCUAGAACCCAUGUACUUUACU